CAACUUUCCACCUCUUGUAAGAUGGCGGCGGCCGUGUCCGUUAAAGCUCGAACUGGUGUAGUGGGACCGGUACCGGUGGUGGAAAGCCGGGGCUGGAGGUCGGAGAGGGAGGCGGUGGAAUCGGUUGGGUCGGAGGAGCAGACAGAAGCCAAACUGGAGCCGCAGGAGAUCCGGAGCCGGGUGGAGAGGAUGAGGAGGGAAGUGAAGAACCGGAGGAAGAUUCUUAUUAAAGGGCUGCCCGGGGAUAUCAGUAACCAGGAAGUCCAUGACCUUCUGGGAGAAUAUGAGCUCAAAUACUGUUUUGUGGAUAAAUACAAAGGAACUGCCUUUGUAACCCUUCUUAAUGGGGAACAAGCAGAAUCCGCCAUUCGCCGUUUCCACCAGACGCACAUACGUGACCGCGAAAUCUCUGUGCAGCUUCAGCCCACUGACGCCCUUUUGUGCAUUGCCAACUUGCCCCUUACGUACACUCAGCAGCAAUUUGAGGAUCUUGUCCGCCCAUUCGGCAACCUGGAGCGAUGUUUCCUAAUCUACAGCAGCACCACCGGCCGCCCAAAGGGCUACGGAUUUGUAGAGUACAUGAAGAAGGACUCUGCAUCCAGAGCUAAGUCAGACUUGCUGGGCAGGCAGCUGGGCUCUCGCACUUUAUAUGUUCAUUGGUCUGAUGUCAACCAGCUGACCUAUGAAUUACUCCAUUCCCACUGCCUACUGGUGGAGCAGCUGCAGGAGUGUGAUAUAGGGGAUGUUAGGGAAGCCUUCUCCAAAAUCUCUGCUCCUUCCUUCUGCCAGCUGGCGUAUGGGCAGGACAAUCUGUAUAAAGGAUUUGCGGUAGUGGAGUACGAGUCUGACACGGUCACUGAAAUGGUCCAGCAGCAAAUGGAUGGAUCCUCAGUAGCUGGAAGCAGAGUACGGGUAUCUUUCUGUGCGCCAGGCCCAGCGGGGAGAAGCAUGCUGGCUGCACUGACCGCUGCACAAGCAAUGGCACUGAAUCGUGGAAAUGGGCUUCUCCCAGAGCCCAGCAUUCUACAGGUACUAAGCACUUUGGGGUCUCCAGCCACACUGCAACUCCUGCUCAACCCUCUGCUUAAUGGGGCAGCUGGGAACAAACAAGGACUCCUGGGAGCUGCCCCAGCUUUACCUCUCCUGGCUAAUCCUGCUCUAUCCACUGCCCUGCUUCAGCUUGUCCUGCAGGCACAAACUCCACAGAAACCUGGUAUUCUUGGUGACUCUCCUUUAUCAUCUUUGUAUGGUGCUAUGGGUCUGUCCCCUCAGCUAACACCCCAGCCUGGAAACAACCUGAUGUCCGAUCUUGGAGUUGCUGGUCCAGUCCCAUCUGUUGGGCUGCCGUGUGACCUGGGUGCUGCAACAUCACAACCUUUCCUAGGGCAGUUAGGUUCUGACUGGGACAGCCCCCCUCCUACUCCUGUUUUGGGCUCUGUGUUGGCUGGACUUCAGAAACAAGGAGAUCCAGGGAUGUCCCUUUUGGGGGAACCUCCUAGAGAUGUGAACAUUCACAGCGCCCCCUAUGGAAACUACCAGAGCCAACUCCCCAGUACUGACACAAUGGGGCCCCCUAGUAAACCAGCACCUUUUAAACAGAAAAACUUGGGUACCCGGAAUGCAAACUCGUCCUUGCUGACUCCAACUGAUGGUUACUCAUUUGAAUAUCCGGAGCUGCCGCCCCAUAGAUAUUCUCAAAACAGAGAUCAUAUAGUGCCCAGCCUAGGAAACUACGAGUCCCAAAAUAAGAUAUCCCCGCUCUCUAGAUUUCGGGAACGAAGCAAUAGCAUGCCUCCUCCGUUUAGUGCUGGCUCUCCUACUUCCUACUUUACCAGCGGCUUGCAAGCUGGGCUCAAACAGACCUACCUUAACAAAACAGUGGGCAUGCCCCCGAGCAGCCCUGGCGGUGUACCUCUGGGAAUUGACGAGCUCAGCGCCCCAUCUGGAAGUGUGUUUAAGACUCCCAUUGGAGCCCAGAAACGAGGCUUUUCGCACUUAAUCCCAUCACCAGAGCCCAGUCCCGAGGGUGUGUAUAUCGGGCAACAUUCACAAGGCCUUGGCGGUCACUACGCAGACUCUUACCUGAAGCGAAAGAGGAUUUUUUAGCGAAGGAAUCCACGCGUCUUCUGAUGGUUGCCUUCAAGUGCUGCUCUCCUACGUCAUAAAAUGGCUCUUGUUUUCUCUGUGUUUUUAUGCUGUUUUACAAGAGAACUGCCAGUAUCGGCCUCGGCUGUGUAAAUGUAACGUGCGUUUUUCACCAUUUCCAUUCUUUCGGCAAGGUGUGAUCUAGACCUAGUUUCUUUUUAAGUUUGUUUUUAACUUAAUUUUUAAGUGUCUUGUGUCGCUUGAACCCCCUUUUGCCAAUAGAGUGGGGGUGGAUUGUCCUCUUCUUGUUUAAGAAGCUUUCUUUCCUGAAAAUGCUUUUUAAUUUAUAUUUUUGUGUGUUUUUAAGAUCCACUGCUUGUAAACUCCGCUGGUCUGUUUUUAUUGUACUGCAGUGCAGGAGUUUCUUUUAAUUGCCUUUCUGAGCCACGCAGGCUAGUUUUUUUUUUUUUUUUUUUUUUUAAUUUAUUUCUGCUAACCCAUAUUCUGCUUCAGUGCAGAGCAUUAUGGGAUGCUGCUUAAAAACCCAUUGUCAUUUUACAGCCUGCCAAUCCAAACAUUCUUAGCACUGUUUUAUGGAUUAUUUUUCUUUCUAAUCUCCUCCCACUCAUGCAACUGUCAGGAAUGUUCACCUUCCUGCCUGACUAUCUGGCCAUGCAUGUGCUCCUGGGUAGGCAGUUGCAGUUGGUCUGUGCAGAGAUGCAGCAGGGGCAGACCUGGAAAUGCUGCUUUCUAUCUGCUGCCCCCACUGAGUGGUUCAGUAUCUCGUUGGCAAAAUGUUUCACUGUAUUGCACUUGGCCAGUCAGUGUAUUGCCCUCCAGGGAAUGGGGGAGAUUUAGGGUAAGGACACACUGCCAGAUUCGCCCGGCAACAAAUCUCCUUCUGGGCGACAAUCUCCCCGAACUGCCUUCCCUUGCCUCACGAGGAAACUUUGGGCACCUUCAGAAAACGAAGCGCCGAGCCAUCCCCCUGGCGUUUUUUCAUUAUAGCCGCCGGGAAGGCUAUUUGGGGAGAUUAUCGCCCCGAAGAAGAGGCGAUUUGUUGCCGGGGCAACUAAUCUGCCCAUGUGUCCUUACCCUUAAAGAAAUAUACUCAGAUUAUAUUAAGUUCCCAUAUCUUAAAAACGCAAUGAUUUUAUCUCUUGCUUUAUUCAAGGUGUUUGUAAAUGUGUUUCCACUUUUUAACCUGUUACCACCAUUGUGUCGCUUUAGCAGAGCAGCGGACGCAAUACUUGGUGGGUUACGUUUCAUUGUCUCCCCCCAUCUCUCUGACCUAGUCUCAAAGCACUACGCCCCUUCUGUCAUGUCAUGGGUCUGCUUCUGUCUGAAGUGUACAGAGUCUGUUAUCUCUACCAAAUGCAAAUCUUAUGUAUAAAGUGUUUGUUCUGUA